GCGGCAAAAAGGUGGUGGCCCAUCCCUAGUUCCCCGUUCCAACUGGGUGGCCAUGCCAUAUGUGUGGGCGGUGGUGUUCACUUCCAUGCGCACCAAUUCGCCAGACUGCAUUGCCGCGCCUGUCGGGUCCCAAUUCCUCUCCACUUUCUGCUUCCCCGUUUCGUCAUAUCCGAAGGGAAGGGAAGAGAGGUAGGUACGGUGCUGUACCUAGCUCUUGCACGCAAACCCCCCACCCCGGGCGCUCUCUGUCCUCCUCUGCCUCCCUCCCUCGCACCGAUACCCGCCCAGGUACUAUCUUCGUCACCUCGCAACCACCACUGGUGAAUGAUGCUUCGCCGUCUCCAGUGAACUGGUCCACAUCGCCUCGAGCCUCACCUCCGCGCGCGCCUCCGCCUCCACCUCCGUCUCCACCUCCGCCUUCAACUCCACAUCCACCUCCACCUCCACCUUCACCUCCACUCCGCUCCCUACGGCGGCCCGAUAAUCCAGGCAGAAAUAUCCUGAAACGCCGUGGAAGGGAACAGCCCAGCAGCAGCCGGCUUGCUGUCCUAUCGUCACCACCACCCUCCCCCGAACUUCUUGCAGCGAGACGAGGCAAGCGGGGGCUAUAGGGUAGUGAUAGUGGUAAAUAGUGCUGCUGCUGGUGGUGGUAGUUUGUCAGUCCGGUCCCGGCUGUCUGUCUUGUUGGCUGAACGAACGAGCGAACGCACUGUCCCCCCCUCCUCCCGGAUCCUGCUUGUCAUUCUCUUGCUUCGCUCUCUCCUCACCUCAUCGUCUAUUACCUCCUUGUAUUGUUCUAUCGCACCAUCAGCUUCGCAUCUUUACCGUUCUUGUAUACAUACCAGGCAUUACUCAGCUCCUUAUUUAAGUCAUUCGUCGC